UUCUCGCGCAGAAGAAGUAAAAAGAGAAGUGUUGAGCUAAUCCUACACGGAGCAGACUUAAAAUCACAUCAUCCGAAGAAGAGGAGGAGGAGGAGGCGGAGAGUCACGAGACUGAAAUGGCGAAGAAGCUUCCGGGAGAACAAGGGGGGGCCGCAACGUGGGGGUCGAUAAGAUGGAGUUUCCACUCCCUAAUGGCUCUUCUAAUCACCGCCCUCAUGCUGGCCGUUACAUACCUUCCCAGGAAAGCAGAGAUGCCAUCCUCGAACGAGACCAGUAGGGUGGCACCAAAGUAUGGCAGAGUGGGAAGGGCGAGGCAGGAAGGAGAGUGUGAUCUUUUCUCCGGCAGGUGGGUUUACGACAACGUCUCGUAUCCUUUAUACAAGGAGAAGGAAUGCCAGUUCAUAUCUGAAAUGACGUGCGAGAAGUACGGGAGGAAGGACCUUAGCUAUCAGAACUGGAGGUGGCAGCCUCAUGAUUGUGAUCUCCCUAGGUUCAAUGCCAUAGCAUUGCUGGAGAGGUUGAGAAAUAAGAGGAUGGUGUUCGUUGGGGACUCUCUCAUCAGAGGCCAAUGGGUUUCGAUGGUCUGCUUGAUGGAUUCGGUCAUCCCUUCUGAUUCCCUCAAGUCCAGGACCUAUUACCACAAUGCCUCCCGCGUCGUUUUCAAGGCCAAGGAAUAUAACGCGUCCAUAGAGUCAUACUGGGCUCCACUACUGGUGGAAUCAAACUGCGAUGAUCCCAUAAACCACAACGCGUCCGACCCAAUAGUACGGGUGCAGGCAAUCGAGAAACAUGCCCAGCAUUGGUCCGAUGCAGACAUCCUCGUGUUCGACAACUACCUUUGGUGGAGAAGGCCCCAAAUGAAAGUCCUGUGGGGAUCGUUCAAGAGUCCUGAUGCGAUUUACAAAGAAGUGAAGAUGCCCCGUGCCUAUGAGAUGGGUAUGACCACAUGGUCCCAAUGGUUGGAAAUUCAUGUGAAUCAAUCAAAUACCGAAUUGUUCUUUGUUACCAUGUCUCCAACUCAUGAAAGGGCAGAGGACUGGGGAGGGUUCACUGGGCAAAACUGCUACCAAGAAACAGAGCUGAUCACUAAGGAGGAUUACUGGGGAAGCGGGUCCAAUCUGGCGAUGAUGCGGGUGGUAGAGACGGUCAUCAAUGAUCUGAGAGCACGGGGAGUGACUAUACAGGUCCUGAACAUCACCCAGCUCUCUGAGUACAGGAAAGAGGCCCACCCGGCGAUCCACCGGAAGCAGUAUAGGCCGCUGAAGGAGGAGCAACUGGCAAACCCGAUGAGCUAUGCCGACUGCAUGCACUGGUGCCUCCCAGGCGUGCCAGACGUGUGGAACGAGCUACUCUAUGCUCACAUCUUCAAGAAUUGGGUGCCCAAAUUAGAGAGCAGAGUUGAGAAUAAAUGAAGUCAGAGUCACUGCCCAAAUUGCAUUAUGAGGAAAGUCUUGGCGAUCUCUAAUUGGCCUAUCAGUCAAGAAAGAAGUUCAUGUUUGAUUGAUCAAAAAGAGUGUAUGUAACACUCAUUGAAUAUUUUUCCUGUAUGAAGGCCGUGCUCACACAGUGAUUGGAUGUUGAAAUCGACACCAGAAGACUGAUUUUUGCAUGCAAUUCUUUCUGAGGAUAUAAAUCUAACCACACAGCCCGUGU